UGAGAAUGGAUGAGAAUGAUGUCAUCAUAUCUUCCACUGAGAUUAUAAGAGAUAGAUUAUACUUCGCAACCCUUAAAACCGGAUAUAAGCCGAAGCCGACUCGAAACAGUAAAUACUUCCACAUCGAGGAUGAGAUCGUUUACGAGAACUUCUACUUCGACUUUGGACCUUAUCACCUGUGCCAUUUGUACCAGUUUUGCAAUAAGCUCAACGAGGAACUGGAGAAAAAUCCAAAGAAGAAGAUCGUAUUCUACACGAGUAACAAUGAAACGCUCAGACUCAAUGCCGCCUAUCUUAUUGGGAGUUAUCAGAUAAUAUAUCUAGGCAGUUCACCGGGCGCUGUGUACAAGCAGCUGACGGAGGGCACGUGGUCCCUCCUGAACUUUCGAGAUGCCUCCGGAGGUCCGCCGCUCUUCGAUAUAUCCCUGUUGGACGUCCUGCAGGGAAUAAAGGUGGCACACGAUGCCAGGUUCUUUGAUUUCGAGCACUUCGACGCCGAUCAGUAUUUGUUUUAUGAGAAAGUCGAGAACGGCGACCUAAACUGGAUAAUCCCAAGCAAAAUGCUAGCGUUCUCCGGUCCCCACCACCGCUCGCGGCUCGACCGCGGCUACCCGCUCCACAGCCCGGAACACUACCACGAGUACUUCAAGAAACACCACGUGACCACCAUAGUACGACUCAAUAAGAAGUCAUAUGACGCAAGACAGUUUACAUCACACGGCUUUGAACAUAGAGAACUCUUCUUCGUUGAUGGUUCAGUGCCGUCAGAUUUGAUCGUGAACAGGUUUAUACGGAUCUCGGAGAUGGCGAAGGGCGCGGUGGCUGUGCAUUGUAAAGCUGGUCUCGGUCGUACAGGCACGUUGAUAGCAUGCUACAUGAUGAAGCACCACGGGUUCACUGCGCGCGAGGCGAUCGCGUGGCUCCGUGUGUGCAGACCGGGAUCUGUGAUUGGACACCAGCAGUGGUUUCUUGAGAACAUCCAACCACGCAUGCACGCGGAGGGCGAGUCGUACCGGCGGCGCAACAACAUUACUGCGCUUCCUGUAUUCUCUCGUGGUAUAUACUCGACGGCGCCCGUCGCCCCCGCGCCCUCCGCGCCCCACGUCGGCGCCCCCGCGCCCGAGAGACCCGUGUCGCUGCAUGCUAUACUGGGCAAGGGCGCCGCUAGCAAGUUGGAUAACGCUAACGCACUAAACGCGAACGAAACAGACACAGAGAACAACAUAACAUCAGUGAUCGGAAAGUAUAAAAUCACCGCGUCCCCGAUGUUGCCGGCAAAAGUGUUCACGCCGAAAAUGAAUUACAUGAUGCCAACCAACAAUAUACGGAACGCGAACAACACGAAUCUAAAACCACAGCCGAGGUUGAUCAACUCGACUCUAAAGUCUCACUACGCGGCCAAAACGUCCACUUUCCCGCCAACAAGAGGUGCCAACUCGCAAGCCAAUAAACUGACCGGUGUAAAAUCACCCUUCACAGGGAAAAGUAGCUUCCACGGACAACGUGCCAACCUCGCCCGACCGGCCAACUACACGCACGGAACUAGCCCCAUCAAAACGUUCACCAGAAAAGCACUAAGCGUCACCAAAAUGACCACGAACGACACAAACACGGUCACCACCGUCAGCGUAACUUCAACCUUAUCUGCUAUGACGGAGAACUGCCAUUUGAAUGGCAAAAAUCGCCUCCCCUCCGAACCGAAUCUCAAAGCGCAGAACAAAAUUCCAGUGGUCAAUAACACGAGGAAGAAGCUGAUAGUUCGGUCGAAUUCCAGUUCGAGGAAAAAAUUGCCAAAGAGCGUUCCGAAAGGCAAUCUAGAAGCCACACAGGAUCUUUCUUCCAGUGAUACCAACAUUACGAACAUUUCGGUUGACUCGUUGGACGCUCCGUUUAGGUUUAGACGAAAACGGGAUAAAUCUAGCAGCCCCGAGCCGAUGGACACCUUAUCAAACUCUAUAAUAACAGCCGACGUGACGCCAGAAAAUUACGAGGAAACAAACAAUUCUCAAGGGAAUAAACUGUAUAAAAUAAAAGCAUUGCGAAAGAAGUGUCCCGCGUUCGGUGUUAGUUUGUUGAAGAAAGACGGCGUUCAAACUCGCUCGAGUAGUUGCGCCAGUAGCUCGACCGUUAAAAAGAAAUGAUCUCUAUGAGUGUUACUUACGCACGUUCUAAGUUUACGAGUUAGCUAGUACUUGUCACGGUGUAAUUAGCGUCUUAGUGGACAUUUUAAAGAAAUAUAUACAUAUUCGAGUGUCUAGCGUGUAGACUGAAAUAUGAACUGUUUCGUUUUUACUGCUUUUUUAUACCACUGCAAAGAGAAGUGUCGAACAUUUAUUUUAAUUUAAAUCUUGCC